GAAAAUUUAUAUAUUUUCGGUUUUCGGUGCUGCUCAUCAUUUCCAUUUAUACAAUAUUGUUUAUAAAUUAAAUUAAAAUGUCGGACGCGGAUUGUGAGAUAGAAUACUUGGAUGAAGAUGCUGACAUAGUCCAGCAGUGUGUGCAACCGCAUAAUAUUUCCAAUUUAAAACAUUUAAAACAAGUCGCCAGAAGCACUGAAGACCGAAGUUUGUUGGUGGAACGAGAAUUGGAGCGAAAACGGAAACGUAAGAGGAACGAUGACGACGAUUCGGAUUACGAUCCCCGCGAGGAUCUGCACGCUAUAGAGGUUAAGAAAAACAAGAAGAAACCUCUGAAUAUUCCAACGAAGAAGCAAACUCGUCCGAAACCAUUAACCUCUUUGCCGGUCAACACAUUCAUAACUAGCACUGGUAAGAGAGCUAUAGCCAUUAAUGACAUAAAUGCCCGCAAGAAACUGGAUAUCAGGAUCCCUGAUUACGAUGAUCCAUUGUGUCUGCCUGUACGAGCUAUUGUUAACUCUAAGAAUGAUUUGCAAAGGGUCAGGAAUUGGAAUAACAUGUGUUUGGAGCACUUCAAGACGGCCAGCACUGUGCUGCGGCCGGAGAAAGGGGCGGUCAAGAGCUCUGCACGCUCGGUCGUGCUUCGGAAUGUGGUUCAUAAAGAAACAGGGAAACAAGAAACAGCAGUGUGGAGCAAAAUAUGCAUUGAAAACGAAGACGGAGUUAAAAAAUCUGAGAUUUUCCAGAGCAUUCUACCAAAAUACCGUGAGAAGAAGAUGCUCAAGUCGUUUCACAUUUCGAAACAUUCUUCCAAGUUCCGUCAUAUAAAUGAAACCAUAUUGACGAAGGAGGAUCACAAAGAUGGAAAUGUUCUUGUCGUUUACAAGCCACGGGAAAAAGUAUCGGCUGUUUACAAGUUUCUCACUGAUCCGAACAAAGUCACAGCUGAAGGCGAGGAUGAGCCCAAGAAGUCUCUGAAGGAGAUCGUGGUGUGUAAGGUGUGCGCGCCCUGCUAUCAGACUUCGUGGCGCGGCGCCAAGAAGAACGAAGACAAGGCGUUAAAGUGCCCUAUCUGCGGUCGCGGCAGCGUCAGCGUGUAUAACCUGUUAACACACGUGCGCGCGCACAACGCGCCUGAUGUUCGAAGACGUGCGAAGGAAAUCGCCGCCGCGCUGGCCAAGGUGGUGGACUACCAUUACCGCUGCCGCGUGUGCGACGAGCGUUUCUUCAGCAUCAAGGCGUUGAGGCAGCACGUAGCCACUCAUAAAGGAAACGAGACGUUCAGGUGCGAAGUGGGGAAUCAUACGGCGAAAUAACGAUUAUAUUUUUAGAUAGGACUAGAAUAAGGAAGCAAAUAAAGUAUUUUUUAAU